GUCUUCGACGAGGAUAGAGAAUCUAUCGAAGGGAGUUGGAGUCGGCUUAGCAGUUAAGAACACGAGCUCAGAGGAUCCAGCUUCAACUCCCAGCGCCCACAUGGCAGCUCCAAUUCCAGCAGAACCAACACUCUCUUCUGCACACAUAUACAUGCAUGCAAAAAACUCAUAUGCAAAAAAUAACUUUUAAAAUUUAAAAACAACAACAACAACAGCAAAAAAAUCUGUCCACAGUACCAAAGAGUCAAUGAAGCAAAGACUCAGCAGAGACUGGUACUGAGUCCUGUAAAUAUUCCCAACUUGGUCCCGCCCCGCCUUGAUUUCACCAGUUUACCCAGUGAAAGACUAGCUCACCUUACGGAACCCAAGAUCAUCCUCUACUCUAAGAUCGACCGACAGCAUCGAUGCCUUCGGAGGCAACUACUCAGGCCUGAACGUCAACAGCGCCGCUGCCGGGACCGCGAUAGCCGCCAUUUUGACAGUGGACAGGGGAUACUUUGCAGAGGGGGAAGAAUUUGCGUCCGCCUUCUUCACUAGAAAUGGCCCAUGUGCUCUGUAACAGAGCCAGACUGGUUUCCUAUCUCCCAGGAUUUUGUUCUUUAAUGAAAAGAGUUAUCAAUCCAAGAGCCUUUUCAACUGCAGGAUCUUCAGGCUCUGAUGAGUCUCAUGUGGCCAGUGCACCUCCAGAUAUAUGCUCCCGAACAGUGUGGCCUGAUGAAACUAUGGGACCCUUUGGACCUCAGGACCAGAGAUUCCAGCUUCCUGGGAAUAUAGGCUUCGAUUGUCACCUCAAUGGGACUGCCUCACAGAAGAAAAGCCAGGCCCAUAAAACUUUGCCUGAUGUUCUAGCAGAGCCUCUUUCAACUGAAAGACAUGAGUUUGUGAUGGCACAGUAUGUGAAUGAGUUCCAGGAUAACGAUGCGCCUGUUGAGCAAGAAGUUAACAGUGCAGAAACUUACUUUGAAAGUGCCAGAGUUGAGUGUGCAAUCCAGACAUGUCCAGAACUGCUGCGGAGAGAUUUUGAGUCACUUUUUCCGGAAGUGGCUAAUAGCAAACUGAUGAUCCUGACUGUAACCCAGAAAACUGAAAAUGACAUGACUGUCUGGAGUGAAGAGGUAGAGGUUGAGAGAGAGGUGCUCUUGGAGAAGUUCAUUAAUGGUGCUAAGGAAAUUUGCUAUGCUCUUCGGGCUGAAGGGUACUGGGCUGACUUCAUUGACCCAUCGUCUGGUUUGGCAUUUUUUGGACCAUAUACAAACAACACACUUUUUGAAACAGAUGAACGGUACCGGCAUUUAGGAUUCUCUGUUGAUGACCUUGGCUGCUGUAAAGUGAUCCGUCAUAGUCUCUGGGGCACUCAUGUGGUUGUGGGAAGCAUCUUCACUAAUGCAACAGCAGACAGCCAUAUCAUGAGGAAGCUCAGUGGAAACUAGCAAGUGGCACUGUGAUAAUUGCAGCACUCUUUGUCUGUAAUGGAUUGCUCUAUAUAAACACUGUCACGGACCUCAGCUUCUAGAGGAUUCUUGUUUUUAGGUAUUUAUUUCAUUUAUGGGUUUACAUCGACAGAUGACGUGGGGUUUCAAAAUUGCAAAUGCUAGUUCAUUUUCUGGAGUACAUGUUGAACACAUCCAUAUUCUGGAAAAUGAGAUCAUCAACUUGUAACCAAGGUAUGUAUGGUCUCGUAGUGUUAAUUCUCCCCUUUAUUGGGAAAACUUUAAUUAUUUUUUCCAAAAAUAAAUCAUACAUUUGUCUAUGA